UUCCGGAAGUACAGCAACUUCCACGUUGAAAAAUAUUGUUCUGAGUUUACUGAAUAUUUAUUGAAUUGCUGGGGGAUUGAUUUCCUUAAAUCUCAACAAAUUCUAGCUCUUGUUCUAGAAAAACAUGCUGACAAAAUUUGAGACUAAGUCGGCCAGGGUGAAAGGUUUAUCCUUUCAUCCAAAACGUCCUUGGGUACUUGCCAGUUUACACAAUGGUCUUAUACAGCUUUGGGAUUAUCGUAUGUGUACAUUGAUUGAUAAAUUUGAUGAACAUGAUGGUCCAGUUCGAGGAAUAUGUUUUCAUCAACAACAACCAUUAUUUGUAUCAGGAGGAGAUGAUUACAAAAUAAAAGUAUGGAACUACAAACAGAGACGAUGUUUAUUUACCUUAUUGGGUCAUUUAGAUUAUAUCAGAACUACAGUUUUCCAUCAUGAAUAUCCAUGGAUUUUGAGUUCAUCUGAUGAUCAGACUCUCAGAAUUUGGAAUUGGCAGUCCAGAAACUGUAUAAGUGUAUUAACAGGACAUAGUCAUUAUGUUAUGUGUGCCAUGUUUCAUCAGUCAGAAGAUUUAGUUGUAUCAGCAUCUUUAGAUCAGACAGUCAGAGUCUGGGAUAUAUCAGGAUUAAGAAAGAAGAAUGUUGCCCCAGGACCUGGAGGACUAGAUGAGAGAUUACGUGCUUCAGGACAAACAGAUUUAUUUGGAACAUCUGAUGCUAUAGUUAAACAUGUAUUAGAGGGUCAUGAUAGAGGUGUUAAUUGGGCUGCCUUCCAUCCUACCCUACCAUUAAUAGUAUCAGGUGCUGAUGAUAGACAGAUUAAACUGUGGAGAAUGAAUGAAUCUAAAGCCUGGGAAGUGGAUACAUGUAGAGGACAUUAUAACAAUGUAUCAUGCUGUUUAUUCCACCCCAGACAAGAUCUUAUACUCAGUAACUCGGAAGAUAAAAGUAUUAGAGUGUGGGAUAUGAGUAAAAGAACUGGUGUACAGACAUUCCGACGUGAACAUGACAGAUUCUGGGUUAUGGCUGCUCAUCCAACCUUAAAUUUAUUUGCUGCAGGUCAUGAUAAUGGUAUGAUAAUAUUUAAACUAGAGAAAGAGAGACCAGCUAGUACUGUAUAUAAUAAUAUACUGUAUUAUGUUAAAGAAAGAUAUCUACGUAGAUUAGACUUCAAUACAUCUAAAGAUGCCCCAGUCAUGCAAUUGAGAAGUGGUUCAAGAAGUCCUGUCAACAGUAUGUCAUAUAAUCCUGCUGAAAAUGCUGUACUUCUUUGUACUAGAUCCAGUACAAUAGAGAACAGUACAUAUGAUUUAUAUGUUAUACCUAAAGAUUCAGAUUCUUCUAAUCCUGAUGAACUGCUAAGAGGAGCUCCCGAAGGUAAAAGGUCAUCUGGAUUAACAGCUGUAUGGGUGGCUAGAAAUAGAUUUGCUGUAUUGGACAGAACACAUUCGAUUAUUAUCAAGAAUUUAAAGAAUGAGAUAACAAAGAAAGUACAGACACCAAACUGUGAAGAUAUAUUUUAUGCUGGUACUGGUUGUUUAUUGUUAAAAGAGAACGAUGCAGUUACUUUAUUUGAUGUACAACAGAAACGAACUUUGGCAACAUUGAAGAUGUCAAAAGUAAAAUGUGUUGUUUGGUCUAAUGAUAUGUCACAUGUUGCUCUCUAUAGUAAACAUGUUAUCUCUAUCUGUAAUCGUAAACUAGAUAAUUUAUGUAGUAUACAUGAGAAUAUACGUGUUAAAAGUGGAGCUUGGGAUGAAAGUGGUGUAUUUGUUUAUACAACCAGUAAUCAUAUUAAAUACGCUCUUACUAAUGGGGAUCAUGGUAUAAUACGAACGUUAGAUCUACCCAUCUAUAUAACUCGUAUUAAGGGUAACAGUGUUUAUUGUCUGGAUAGAGAAUGUCGACCACGAGUACUCAGUAUUGAUCCAACAGAAUUUAAAUUUAAACUUGCUCUGGUUAACAGAAAAUAUGAAGAGGUACUCCAUAUGGUAAGAAAUGCUAAAUUAGUAGGACAGUCUAUCAUAUCAUACCUGCAGAAGAAGGGGUAUCCAGAAGUAGCUCUUCAUUUUGUUAAAGAUGAAAAAACAAGAUUUGGUCUGGCAUUGGAAUGUGGAAACAUUGAGAUUGCCCUAGAAGCAGCCAGAGCUUUAGAUGAUCAAGCUUGUUGGGAGAAAUUAGGCGAGGCAGCUCUAUUACAAGGAAAUCAUCAGAUUGUUGAAAUGGCUUAUCAAAGAACUAAAAACUUUGACAAACUUUCCUUCCUCUAUCUUAUUACUGGAAAUUUAGAGAAGAUGAGAAAAAUGAUGAAAAUAGCUGAAAUUCGUAAAGACACAAGUGGUCAUUUCCAGGCUGCUCUACUACUUGGUGAUGUCAGUGAAAGAGUUAAGAUUCUUAAAACCUGUGGACAAAAAUCAUUAGCCUAUGUGACAGCUAAAACACAUGGUUUAGAUGAAGAAGCUGAAGAAAUAAAAGAUUGGUUUGGUGAAAAUGAUAAAGUACCUGAUUUAUAUCCUCAUGCUACCCUACAACAACCACCUCCACCAAUCAUGCAACAGGAAACUAACUGGCCAUUAUUAACUGUAUCUAAAGGUUUCUUUGAAGGUGCUAUGGCAGCCAGAUCAGGUAAACCUAAUGCUAUGGCUGCUGUUGAACAUGAUGAUAUGGGUGCUGGUGAAGGUUGGGGUGAUGAUGCUGAACUUGUACUCGAUGAUGAUGGAGGAUUUGGAACAGGAGAAGGAUUUGAUGAUGAGGCUUUGGUUGGUGGUGAUGCUGAAGGAGGUGGUUGGGAUGUUGGUGAUGAUGAUCUUGAACUUCCAGCUGAUCUGGAUGUUGGACCAGUAUCAUCUGGUGAUGAAGGCUACUUUGUUCCACCAACUAAAGGUACCAGUCAAGCACAGGUAUGGUGUAAUAAUUCUCAACUACCUGUAGAUCAUGUACUUGCUGGAUCAUUUGAAACUGCUAUGAGGCUCCUACAUGAUCAACUAGGAAUGGUGAAUUUUGAACCGUAUCAGAAGAUAUUUUUAUACACAUAUAGUCGAUCUAGAACAAGUUAUAUUGGUUUACCAUCCUUACCGCCAUUCUUUGGUUAUCCACAUAGAAAUUGGAAAGAAGCUGGGGCUAGAGCUGGUGUACCAUCUGUAGGUUUAAAGCUAAAUAUGUUAGUACAACAAUUACAAACAGCUUAUCAACUAACAACAUCAGGAAAAUUUGUUGAUGCUGUUGACAAGUUCCGAUCUAUUUUACUCAGUGUACCUUUAUUAGUUGUUGAUAAUAAACAAGAAAUAGCUGAGGCUCAACAACUUAUAGAGAUCUGUAGAGAAUAUAUUGUUGGUUUAUCAAUGGAGAAUAAAAGAAAAGAAAUGCCAAAAGCUACGUUAGCUGAUCAGAAACGAUUGUGUGAGAUGGCAGCCUAUUUCACACAUUGUAAUCUACAACCAGUUCAUCUGAUAUUAACAUUACGUACAGCUCUUAAUCUCUUCUUUAAAUUAAAAAAUUAUAAAACAGCAGCAUCAUUUGCUAGAAGGUUAUUAGAGUUGGGACCAAAACCAGAUGUAGCUACAACAACUAGAAAAAUAUUAGCAGCGUGUGAAAAGAAUGCCACAGAUGAACACGAGUUAAAAUAUGAUCAACAUAAUCCAUUUGAUAUCUGUGCUGCCACCUAUGUUCCUAUAUACAGGGGUAAACCUGUUGUUAAAUGUCCUUUAAGUGGAGCUUGUUAUGUACCAGAAUGUAAAGGUCAAGUCUGUCGAGUUUCAGGGGUGACAGAGAUUGGUAAAGAUAGUAUAGGAUUACGUAUCAGCCCAAUACAGUUCCGAUAAAUGACAUAGUGUCGCAGAAUAUUAACAAUUAUUAUCAUGGACUAGAAAUAUGUGUUUUAAAUCUCAACUGUUAGAUGAUGAUUAUCUUUGUGUAAAACUUGAGACAUUUUACAUCUACUAAAGAUGUAGGACAAUCUAUAUUUCUGUUAUAUGAAGUAUCUUGUGCUCUUUAUGGAGAAAAAAACACAACACGAUAUUUAUCAUUUUUCAUGUCAUGGAUUUCAAUUUGCGAAUAAUGAUAUGAUUUUAUCAGAAAAGUGAAAUAUUCAAAUAUGUGAAGUGUCAUUUAAAUUGUUGAAUAUGGUAUUAAGAAUUGUUGAAAUAUAUUUUAAAAAUAUUCGUUUAUAGCUAACAAAAUUGAAAUCAAUUCUAAGUAAUUUCAGUUACAUACUUCGGUGGAUUAUGAAUUCUAAAAAUCAAAAUUUUGUUUUGAUAAUUUCUAAAUUGCUUUCUGCAUAAAAAUUGACAAUUUUCUUGGAUUAUGAAUUCUAAUAUUUAAAAAUGGUUAAAGAAUUUAAUAGAUAAAAAUUAAAUAUAGGUUAAUAUUAGAGUACAUAAAAAUGAUUGCAAUACCUAUUAUGUUUGAUUGACAUGUGGUUUGUCUUAUUCUGUUAUAAAUAUAAUUUAUCCCAUGCUGAUGGUAUUAGAUGAUUGUACACUUAAUUCAUUGAUAAAAAUAUAGUAUGAGGAAUAUAACAUGUAAUGUCAUAUAUCACAACAUUUUGUUUUUCUAUUGUUAAAUAAUGUAUGAAAUAUAUUUAUUAACUGCUCAAAGUAUUUUGUUUAAUUCUUCAGUGAUCAACGAGAGUCUGUCUGGAGGUGCGCUCUAGAUCAUAAGAUCUGUCAUUGAGUCGGGUGGUGCGAUUUGAUUCCUUGCUUGUAUGUGACAGAGAGUAGCAUUGAAGCCUGACAAACCUUGUGUUAUUUCUCUGGGUCCUCCCACUGCUAAAUACCCCUAUAUGCAAGCAGAUCUCUUUCUCUCUUGCCUGGGUUUUUGUGAUGGAAAUAAGACUUAUUUUGCGGAGACUGAAUUCUUUAUCAAUCAAACAUUUCUGAAAACUGAACCCCCACCUCCUAUUUUAUCUCUGAUGAAGAUAAGAUGUUGAGAGAAGUUACUGGCCUUGUAAUACAACAGUUAUCUCCCAUUAGAUUUGUCGAUUUGAAGCAAUAAUAUUGUAUGAAGGCAUUUCAAAUGUACAAGCAUCUGUGAUUUUUGUUAGUAUCUGGUGGUAAUUGUGUUCUAUAACAACAGAUAAAAGAUUAGAUCAUUUAU